AUGGAUGGAACAAAGCAACUGGACAUUUCUUUGUUUUAUCGAAACAGCUGGUUAAAGAAUUUCUUUUGCGGCGAUUCCGCCCAAGCUUGGAUGGUAGAAUUCAAGCACCCCGAGCUGCUCGAGCAGCUCGCCUUCAAGACGUCGUCCUCAAAGAAGAGAAAGCUCUUGCGAAAGGACGAGCCCGUAGAUUCCAUCGACUCGCCGUCGCCCCCUCCUGACUCGGUCCUACCCUCUUGCGAAGUCGACGACGAUCCCGCCUUCUCCUUCUCCGCUGACUCUCAACCCGCCUCGAGCCUCCCGCCGCGUCUCCAGACUCAGAAUACCUCUUUUGCCUCGGCCGACUACGCUUCCUCAGCUGCUUCAAGCCCUUGUGCCUCUGCCUACGCCGACCUCUCCAUCGAAAGUGACCGUGGCGGCGACGAGACUGGCUCGGCCCGAACCUUGGCCAGAAGCCAGUCUCCCUUGCGUCUUUCUCACCGAGUCAUCAUGAAUGGCGAUUCUGACCUACCCCACCGCUCCUCAUCGCCUUUGAAACGACGUGCCUCAAGUAUGGAUCCCGAGAAUGAAGCGGAUAAGGUCCGUGAUGUCGAUAUGGGUUCAUCGCAGGUCAAAGAGUCUGUAGAGGGUCCAUCUCAACCACCCGUAGACACCCUGCCGCGUGCUAUGAGUGUUGAUGCGCCUGAGCCUAAUGCGCCUUUGGCCGGCAAUGUCCCUUCCUCUCAACCGAUUCCUUCCCUGCAAGAACAAAUCAAGAUCAUUGAGACUCUUCUGAAGGCAUUUCAGGACUCGCAGCCAAAUGAAGGGGACAAGGCUUAUCUUGUGUCGAAUACUUGGGUUCAGAGAGCGCUUGCGCUGCGCGUCGACUCGAAAGAUGUCAAGGAGAGCGAUUCUGCAUCUGGCCCCCUUGGACCUGUAGACAACUCGGACAUCAUUGAAGAAGUCAUCAAAGAGCCUACUGGCAAAGAGUUUAUCCGUCUCAGAGAAGGAACUAACGAGAAUGAGUUCACACUCUUCCCCGAGGAUGCUUGGAAAAUGGUUGUAGAUUGGUAUGGUGUCAAGGAUGGCCAAGAAGCUAUUGUCCGAACUGCUAUCAACACAGCCGAAGUUGGUGAUGAGCCAGUCAUUCAAUUCGAGUUUCACCCUCCGAUUUUCACUAUUCAUCGCUUGUGGUCAACUCUCAGUCCACUACCCAUUGAACAGUCACUCAAAGCCAAGAACCCUCCUCCUUACAGAUUCGCGAGAAGCCGCAAAUACCAUGCUCAGACCUUCAUCAAAGAGUUAAAGACGGCCACCGGUGUUCCCAUGGAUCGCAAAAUCCGCCUGUUCACUGUUCCUGAGGUCCAACAGACUACCGGGCCUUCAGAACCGUCCCGGGCCCUCACCCCCCCAGACUCCCCGGGCCGAGGUGAAGGGAGUGGUAAUCCUGCGGAAUCCUGGUCGAAACUUCUCCUCGAUAUUGCUUCAUUCGAGCAGGUCCGCGAGACCAAGGUGCAGAGCACCCUGGAAGAUCACACUGUCAACCCAAAUUUCAAUGGUUCAUCAGCAUUGUCUAUAUUUGAUUUGGUCACUGACCAAACUCUUGUUAUCGAUGAAGCCAUUGAAAAGGGAUCGUGGGUCAGCACUUACACCGGCAAGAGCCCACCAAAUGGACUAGCCAUUCCCACGAGAAGCGGCGUGGCGUCCUCCAACGCAAGUGGUCGAAGUAGUCCAGCUCCUGGUGGCGCGUUAACGAGAGGUCGUGCUGGAAGGAAGUCCGGUCGCAAUAUCGGUGUUGUUGGCCUGUCAAAUUUAGGAAAUACCUGUUAUAUGAACUCGGCCCUCCAGUGCGUUCGGAGCGUUGAAGAGCUGACGAAGUACUUCCUGACUGACGAGUUUGUUGAUGAGGUCAACAAGACCAACCCUCUGGGAUACAACGGCAAGGUCGCCACAACGUACGGGCAUUUGCUCAAGGAUAUAUAUUCGGAGAGCAGGGGUUCAGUAACCCCGCGAGAGUUUAAGAAUACCAUUGGUCGCUGCCGGACAACCUUCGCAGGCUACGGCCAACAGGACUCCCAGGAGUUCCUCGGCUUUUUGCUGGAUGCUCUCCAAGAAGAUCUAAGCCGUGUCAAGAAGAAGCCCUACAUUGAGAAGCCUGACUCGACCGACGACAUGAUCAACAACCCAGAAGCUAUAAAGGAAAUGGCAGAUAAGGUGUGGGAUAUCACUCGACGCCGAGACGAUUCUGUCAUUGCCGACCUCUUCACCGGUUUGUAUAAAUCAACACUCAAGUGCCCCGAAUGUGGCAAGAUCAGCAUCACCUUUGACCCUUUCAACAACCUGACCCUUCCCAUACCGGUUGAAGACGUUUGGACGGCCAAGAUCAAAUUUCUACCCCUCAACGACAUUCCCGUUCUGAUUGAGGUUGAACUCCCCAAGCACAGCGCGAUCGAGCAACUCAAACAGUUCCUCUCUGCCAGGACGGGUAUUCCCCCAGAAAGGUUGAUAGGAGGAGAAGAGUAUAAGGACAGGUUCUUCAAAAUAUACGAAAACUCUCAAGACGUGAGCGAAGAAAUCGCCAGGAACGAUCUUGCCACUUUCCAUGAAUUGGAUGCUGUUCCUACCAACUGGCCACACAAGGCCAAGAAGCCUCGCUCAAUGUUAGACGUGGACACUCCUCUCGAGACCGAGAAUUGGGAUGAUCCGAGAUAUGAGCAGAUGGUAGUACCUGUGUUCCAUCGCGUUCCAUCAAGUUAUGCACGUGGUCGAGAUGGCAUGGCUCCUCCCAGCUUCAUUUGCUUCACAAAGGAAGAAGCUUCUGAUAUUGACCUCAUCCGACGUAAAGUCUUGGAAAAGGUUGCUACUUUCUCAACCUGGUCUAAGCUAAGAGGCGGUUUUGAGGAAAACUCGGAUAACGCUGACGGGGAGGUCAUCAUUUCUGCCUCGGAUGCCGACUCAUCGGGCGACAGUAAGGUUAUCGCCAACUCAGUUGAAGGCGAGGACGACAUCGUAGAUGUCCACAUGAAGGACGACAGCAACCCACUUCCCCAGCAACCUCAAAUCUUGAAGCGAUUCAACACAACCCGACCGAACUUCAUCAAACCAGAUAGCAUCCUAGAUCCUGAGCUUGAGGAUCUUUUCGAACUUUGCUACUUCACCGACAAAUCCUACGCUGGCCAUGUGCCGACAGGCUGGUCUCAUGUUGAUCAGCACCAGGCUUUGCCCAAGUUGGCGGACCGAAUUCCUCAAUCUGCGCCCGACGAUGAAGAUGCUGGUAGUCGCGAUGAUGAUAGCAGCACACCUUCAGCUAAUGAGGAUGCGAGCAGCAAUGAUGAGAGUAUCAAGGCCGAGGCACCACAUACUCAAAUGCUAGACGCAUCCAGUGAGGAGGAGGCUCAGGAAACUCCACGAUCAUUCAAUGGUCGGCCUUCCAAGAUUGGACCCAAGGGACGGCGCAAUAAGAUGAAGACCCAAAAGUAUGGCAAGAAGGCCAACAAGCGACGAGAGCGCGUUCCGAACAAGAAGAACAAGGUGGCUUCCGUUAAACCUCAGCCUCAACCUCCUGCAGUCGCUGACGGUGGUCCUCUUAUCCGUCUUGGUGAGGGUCUUGUCGUAGACUGGAAUGAAGACACCUUUGAUAAGGUCUUUGGUGGCUCUUCAAAGAUCUCCGACGAGAAAGGGGCUCCUACUUACCAGGUACCCGAGACACUUAAUGAUAAGGCAUUAAAGAUUGUCCAAAGAAGAAGACAGCAUCGCCGUACCCGAGGCAUUACCUUAGAGGAGUGCUUGGACGAGUUUGAGAGGGCCGAGGUUCUCUCCGAACAAGAUAUGUGGUACUGCCCCCGUUGCAAAGAGCAUCGACGCGCCAGCAAAAAGUUCGAUCUGUGGAAGUCACCAGAUAUUCUUGUGGCCCAUCUCAAGCGAUUUAGCAGCUCUGGCUACCGCCGAGAUAAGCUGGAUGUCAUGGUUGACUUCCCCAUCGAGGGACUUGACCUUACUUCCAGAGUCAUCCAGAAGGAAGAUGGAAAGGUUGAGAUUUAUGACUUGAUUGCCGUGGAUGACCAUUAUGGAGGUCUUGGAGGAGGUCAUUAUACUGCCUACGCCAAGAAUUUUGUCGAUGGGCGGUGGUACAAUUACAAUGAUUCGUCAGCAUCCCCAGUGUCCGACCCGUCAUCAUGCAUCACAUCAGCUGCGUAUCUCCUCUUCUAUCGUCGCCGCUCGAGCACCCCUUUGGGCGGGUCGCGGUUCGGAGUCAUCUCUGAGAAGUACAAGAACAGCGAAGAGAAUUCCGAAGAGGAAGACAGCGAAGCGGGGGAAGGUCAGCGUCUCGGCGAGGGUUCCUCCCUGGUUGGGUUGUCGAGCGCUGGGAUCGGAGCCGCAGCAACUCGCCGUCCGGCCGGCCAUGGUUCGGAUAGGAUCACCGUUACUUCUUUAGCUGGCCCCGACGACGACGAUGACGAUGACGAUGAAGGUCUCCCUCCUUAUGGGGGCGUCGACGACGAAGGCGUGGAUGCCAAAGAUGGAUACCAACAGCUAGAGAACGGCCAGCCACUGAACCUUGCUCAGAGUUGGAGUUUUGGAGCCAUAGGUGAUAGCGCUGCUGAGGACUCUACAGGCGCAGAUAUUGGCUCUGAUGAUGUGCAGCUGGACUCAUCAGCUGACGAGCGUGGGUUUGGUCAACCCGACGAACCCGAUAUGCUCAUGAUGGGUGAUGUUAUGGAUGUGGACCAUGAACCUGCAGCCUCCCACAAAGCAACUUUCGCAGAUAUUCAGAAUGCAGCGGCUGAUCACAAGGCGGUGAUCGACGUACCAACUGCAGCAGGUAGCGAUCGAGAUUCGAACGAAGUGGCUGAGAUUCACCUAAAAAGCGAGGAAGGAACCAAGACCGAGUAG